UCGAUUUCGGUUGCAACGUCUCAGUUGGACACUGACCUCGGUUCGGAACGUCCGCGCGCCUCUCGUCUCGAACGUACCACCCAUGUGCUCCCUCGUUCUCAUUGUUCCUUGCCAGCAGAGUCAAAGAUCGGUAGCAUGAACUGCCCUUUCAUUCCGCUGACUCAAUGGGAGGGAAGUACUUCUUCCUCGCAAGCAAUCGUUCCGCGUUAGUGGAUGUCUUCGAAAAAAGAAAAUAUCAAAUUAUUUCCUUCUCCAGAACCACUCGACAAAAUUCCCAUCUAAUAAGGUGACUAGGAUGUCUACGAAUCAUGUCCCCGAGAAGUCUGUCGAGCGAAGUGCCUAGUAAAAAUGUGUGGCAGACGCAGACGAAGUACAAAGGGCUCUUCACCCCGCAAACGGCACCUACUUCCAGGGCUUACUGCAUCCUCUUCAGUUUCUUCCUGGGGGUCGUCAUGAUCACCAUGGGAUCCGUCUUCUAUCACGUGAUCCUCAGCCGACCAAUGAGCGGCACGCACCCCAUUCACACCCCUCCGUUGCCCCUGGCGUCGGGUCUUAUUUCCAUGGGCAUUCUCAUGGUCCUCUGCAGCGUCGCUGUGACGUGGAGAUUCGGCCUGGACGACGGCGACGAUUCCCUGGAGGAGGACUCUUCGUACGCCUUCGCCAAAGACGACGUCCUCGAUCAGCACCACCAGUGUUCGAGGCAUAAUCCUCCUCCAGUCUGAAGCUACACACUGGUCAUCCCUCAGAGACCCAUAAAGGCUCAUCGUUACUACAAGACGUUACUAAUGACGGCGGGUGCGUUCAGCAGCACGGCAGACGUCGCUCGAAAUCACCAAUUUAAUGCAACAAAUCUUAGGGAUUAACCCGGUGUGUAUCCUACCUCUGUCAAAAAUCAGGGUACACUCAUGCUGAUUAAAGUAGACGGUUGCACGAAGAUAUCGUUCAUUAAUAUAAUCUGACGACUACACAAUAUAGAAAUGGGCGUAUAUAAUACUUUAAUCCCCAAGGGACUGGUACUAAACACGGCGUCCCGAGGAGCUUCAGCCAUGUUUAGUACUAUAGUAGAUUCACAUCAAUCGUGCAUUUGAUGUCUAGGCCAGUCGCUUACGAUGCUCCUGAUUGGCUAUUGAUAAGCCACUCACGGGGCUGGAAACUCUCGAUCAGUCUCUCGAGAUUUCACAUAGGUAGGAUGCAUGUCCUACCUCUCAUGAGGGAUACUUUUGAAAGACGUAUUCCUGAAGAGAGGUGGAGCAUAGAUCCUACCCGUGCGAACUCUCGAGAGAGACAGAGAGUUUCCAGCCCUGUGAUUGGUUUAUCAACAGCCAAUCAGGAGCGUCGUAAGGGACUGUCCUAGGCAUCUAAUGCACGGUUGAUGUGAAUCAACUAUAGCACCUGGGAGUAGGUGACUAACAUGGAUACCUACCGGGUUAAUACCCAGAUCCUUAAGGAGUUCACCGUCACUUUCCUGCAAUGGAGAUCACCUCAUGACUUCAUGGCAUAUAGCAUUAUGUAUGGUUGCACAUAUUGUGCAAAUCCCUCACGAUUGCUGAGGGAAUAAAACGGUAUAUCGAUGGAAACGGUCAGAAGCUCAUGUUAGAUCAGGUCUUCGUUGGACUUGGGAAGGAUCUCAAUGUACUCCACAAUGAAAACGAAGUUGAGAAACCAGGGGAAAACGGAAAGAGAUUUCUUAGGGUGCCAAUAUCAGUGUACAUUGUCUUACUCAUUAAUCAUUCUCAUGCGUCACUAUUUUCAAUGUCAUUACUAUGUGACACAAAAUGAUUUCAGUUUUCCCGUUACAGGGUAAAGCGACGAGCAGGGAAUCACUUUCAUUACACCCAUCACGAAAUGCAUGAAUGAACAAGUUACAGAGUCAACUUGGAUUUAUAUUUUUUCCCUCAAAAUAGCUACUAUAUAUCAAAAGCAGCUUCCCCUUCCAAUAGCUCGGUGACUGUCGCAGCAAACUAGAAAAAUAAAUUUGUUAUUAAUCCAUUUCUCAUAAGUUCGACCUCUGGUGCUCUCUGUUUGGUGAGUCAACAAUGGCAUUCCUACAAGAGUUUCAAAUCAUUACUCAGAGAUUAAGUAAAUGCAGGGGAAAAUAUUCCAACUUAUGCAGGUGCCGCCACUGUUUUAAGGUUGAACAUGAUAGAAGAGAAAACCAUUUACACGAACACAGACAAUGGCAAACACGCAUAUGCUUUUAUAGAUAACUUGAUCACGAACUACAUAAGACGUGAUGCUAUGUAUAAAAUAAAGAUAAUGCCACGGAGGAAAAUGAAAAACGAGAACUGCAAGGGUCGUAAAGAUAGAAGAUCUCAGGCAGUUCUCGUUUUUCAUUUUCCUUCGUGGCAUUACCUUUAUUUUUACAUAUGCUUAUAUGUAUAUAUAUAUAUAUAUAUAUAUAUAUAUAUAUAUAUAUAUAUAUAUAUAUAUAUAUAUAUACUAAGGAAAACAGAAAACAUAUACACUGACAUACGAGAGUGUUAAUGGAUGUAUUUUUGUAUAUGGCCAUAUGCAGUCGUUUUGUACUGAUUUUACGGAAAUGGUAAAACUUUCAAAUCAACAGGUUUUAAGGUAAAUUCCAAGAAUACUCGUUCGUGCAAGUGUUGACUACAUAUUGUGAAUGGAGGAAAUUUUACAGUUUCUGAAAUCAAACUGACAAGAUAACUGUGGAUCAAAAGCCUGCGACAGAGGACCACUUAGCUGUUACUUAUAAGAAAGACUUUAGUAAAAUGAGACACAGCUGGACUGUAGGCGUAAAUUACUUUGUGAAAGAAGAAAUGAAAAACCUCUUACAGUCUUGUAUAAUACAAUAUUUUUUAUGCGCAUUGGCAAAAUUAUUUGAUGUUCUACAUAACUGAAAGACAUUUAAAGAAGAACUUGUUUCUAUAGACUUAUUGUGAUGAAUUGAUUUUGUACCGUCUCUGGAAUCCUAAUCAAGUAUGCUAUUUUAAUGUAAAGGAUAUAUAGUUUAUUCAAAAUAUUAAAUGUUAAUUUCCAAAUGCUUUGUGUUACUUGUGCAGCCAAGAUGAUGUAGCCAACAAGCUGAGUUUUAUCCAGUAAAAAAAUACUUGAUUUGUAAUUAUUAUACUUUUAUAGAAAUAAAGACUGCAUACAUUA